AACCCAAUUCUCCCUCGACACCCGGCUUCCCCUCCCCAGGCCUCCCAUCAUUAUCCCAACUCUGGAAACUGCAAGUUUUUGACCGGACUCCAAAAAUUCCUUCCUUCUCAAUUCAACGCCAAUAGGUAUCGCACACCUUCUUGUAGCUAGCUAGCUAGCUAGCUAGCUAGCCAUUUAGCCUGCCAUGCCACUUCUACCCUAAGCCUACUAAAAUUCCUUCCCUAUAUAACUUGUAAACUCAGCCUUCUCUCCUAUUGAUUAUAUGACUCUCUUUCUCUCGAUUUUGUUCUUUUUCUCAUUCGCAUAGCCGCCUGCGCGCUGAUGAUAAAUCCCUGGCCAGACCUACACACACGCAUAACUAAUUAGGGAGCCUUUUUAGCUAUCUACGAGCUAGUUGCAGCUGCGGAUGCAGCUACAGCUACAGCUACAGCUACGGCAAGAAUAAUAAUGUCCGGUAAAAGUAGUUCAUCAUCCAUCAUUCAAUGUCAGGAGAUGGAGCUACGACGACGAGGCCCCUGGACUCUAGAGGAGGACAAUCUCCUCAUCCACUACAUUGCCUGCCACGGCGAAGGUCGCUGGAAUCUCCUCGCUAGGUCCUCAGGGCUGAAGAGAACCGGCAAGAGCUGCCGUCUCCGGUGGUUGAAUUAUCUUAAGCCGGACAUAAAGCGCGGCAAUCUCUCCCCUGAGGAGCAACUGUUGAUCCUCGAACUCCACUCUAAGUGGGGCAACAGAUGGUCGCGGAUCGCGCAGUAUUUACCAGGGAGAACCGACAACGAGAUCAAGAACUACUGGCGGACGCGGGUGCAGAAGCAGGCGCGGCAGCUGCGGGUCGACGCCAACAGCAGCGUCUUCCACGACGCCGUCCGCUGCUACUGGAUGCCGCGGCUGCUGGAGAAGACCUCCGCCGCCACCGCCGCUCACUCUUUGCAGUAUUCCUCACCGGGCCCACCCGAUCCUCCUCCUCCUCCUCCUCCUCCUCCUCCUCAGUUUUUUCCUCAUCAAGAAUCAACCUCCCAGUCAUCCCGCAACCGCGACGACUCCCAACUGAUCAUGAUCCCUAGCUUGCCCCAAUUCGCCUGCAGCAUUCAGCACGAGCUCGACCCGUUUCAAAGUAAUUAUACGCAUGGCUAUGGAUCGGAACCCACCACGGCCACGUCAGACACUGUCAGCUUUGAUCCGGCCUUCAAUAAUUACACCGGCUGCAAAACUAAUGCCCAUGAGGAAAGCGUUUGGGAUGUGGAUGAACUCUAUGGCAUGUUGAGAGGCUACAUGGAAUAUAAGGUAGAAGAAGAUCACUCCCUCCGUUGGAACUUUGGAGAUUAGUUAAUCAAUAGGUAUAAUUAGUGUAACUCGAGUCCUUAAUUGUGAUCUAGUGUGAUUGUCACGAACAUAUAUAUAUAUAUAUAUAUAUAUAUAUAUAUAUGAUUUUAUUCUAUUUUUGAAGACAAAUUUUCUUGCUAGCUA